AUCCGGCUCAGCGCAGACGUGUUCCGGACAGAAUCACGUCCGCGCUUUUCGCGCUGUUUUCCCGUGUUUGUCUCUCUCCUUUCUUACUUCCUCCCUUUUCUCUCUUGCCUCUCCUCCUUCUUCUCACCUUACACCCUCAACGGGAAUUUCGCGCCAUCUUAUUGACAUCGUGCGCGCGCGUUUGUCAUCAAAGCGGGCGUCGGUUCUUCUGGAAUUAGGCCAUGGUUUCCGAGCUCGCGGAGAGCUCGCCGACUUAACUUUCCAUUCAACGACGGUACGAGGUGGUGACGGUGGCGGUGGCGGCGGCCGCGGGUCUCCCUGCAGAGAUCGUGGAAAUGCGGAUGCGCGUCUGACGAUCCGCCAAGAUGGCCCUGACUGUCGUUCCCUCGGCCCGCGUUUUCAAUGGAAACGUGGGGACGCAGGCAUACGUGUCCGGUUCGACGGGUUCGCAGUGCCUCUGCUGCCCGUACGGAUACCACAUCGAUCUGGAUUUCGUGCGUUAUUGCGAGGCCGUCGCGGCCGGAAGCGCUGGCGACCGGCCGAGCUUGGAGCGGCGCAAGAAGAGAGAACGCCGUAGACAAUGUCAGUCGAUGGAGGUUCUCUUAGGCCUGGUGAGCCCGGCGCUGGCGGGAAUAGAGGCCGAAUUGCCGAAAAUACCGCAAGAAUGCGCGACCGCGAACGGCAUUACCACGCUGCCGCGAUCGUAUCCGCCGCCGCGGCAGGGAAAUUCGCAACCCUCGCCGGUGCUGGACCUCAGCGACGUCGUGGGCGACUUCGAGGCGACCCUCAGACGAUCCUGCGGCUCAUCGAGGCCAUCCGACCGCCGGCUGUUCGCGGAGACUGAUGGCACGAACGGGACGACGGCGCCGGUGACGCAAAAUGCGGCGCAAACGGAUCACCCGGCCGACUCCGACAAUGUCAGCGUCGGCAGUGGCAACUCGAAUCUCAGUACGGGUGCGCUUCAGAAUAUCAGGGAGCAAAUGGCAGCGUCUCUGGAAAGAAUGAGAGAGCUGGAGGAACAGGUCAAGGCGAUUCCCAUGCUGCAGGUGCAAGUCUCGGUAUUGAAAGAAGAGAAGCGCAAUCUCCUGCGACAAGUGGACGAGCUGAGCAAAACGAAUUCCUGCAACAACACCUUGCACAGGCAUCGCAGCCAGUCGUUCUCGGAGCAGCGCGCCGCUCUGCGAAACCUGAAGAACUCCGGCGCGUCCACCAAGAACAUAGGAACCAUGUGCAGCGUGAUGACGAGGGACGUCGGAGUCUCGCACCAGCAGGUUCGAACGAGAGACGUCGGUAUGGUGACGAGCACACCGAUCAAGCCGCUGCUGCAGAAGAGCCGGCUGCAAAUUCAGGAGAUCCUGCCCGACAUCCAAGACCAGAGCACCGUGUUACUGCUGGAGGAUGAGACUCCACUGAAUCUAUCGAAGCUCUGCUCGAACUCGAGCUUGACACGCGAUCAAGCGACGCCAGAAGCGAGGAAGAAACAUCUGACGAGGACUCCGCUCCAAGUGGAAUCGAUAUCGCCCAACGAGAACGAUCUAAUCGACCGUAAAAUGACGAAAAAAACGCGAGACUCAGGCACCAACACGGAGAAUAGAGCCAGGACUCUUCAAUGCAGUCACUUCCUGAUCGAGGACAUUGCACCGGAAAGCAAGAGGGAGAUCAAGAAGCGUUCGUGCGGGACAACGACGCGCAUGACGAUGAGGGACAUGCUGACGAGCGAAGAGGCGUCAGCGAUCGUGGAAAACGCACUAAGGGUCUACAAGCGUAGCCUCGUAAGAGAUAUGUCCUCCAAGAGCACCCAAUGCACCCCGGAGCCGCCCAAGGUUGUCGAAAAACGAGAUCAAAUGGUCCAAGUGGCCGAACUGUUGAAAAUGCGCUCGCACGUGAGCGUGACCGCCAAACCGAGGACGGCGGAGGCCGGAGUCGAGGUCAGACUCAGUCCUAACACCAGGACCGUGUGCGUCGGCCCUGAUCCCGUUGCGAUGUUGCAGCCGGUGUCGUUGAACUCGAUGAACUCGAGGAGUCACUCGUUCAACUACGGCGACACCCGGACCAAGAGCAGAAGCAGCAGAUCGGUGGCCGUGAUGGUGGACGAUCUAGUGAAGACUGUCGCGCGCGGUACCGACACGUCCGGUCUCGCGCCGAGGUGCCGUGAGUUCGGCACCUCGCCGCUGAAGAAGAAGCUCGUCGACGUGUCGGUGGGUGACUCGGUCAGGCCGCACAUCUCGAUCUCCUGCGCGGCGAAUUACUGCGACAACUGCAAGGAGACGAUCAAGAGCCUGGCCAAGCAAAUCGCGAACAACGCGGAGAACAGCCUGAAUCAUCAGAACAGCAGCCUAGUGUCCAGAAUCCCCAGGCCGUCUCACAUCUCUCUGAACUCCGGCGAUCACAAGAAGCAGUUCAAACGGCAGGACACGUACACGAAGAUACCGGCCGCCGGUGUGAUCAGAUAUGACGCGGAUAACAAAGAGCAAUACGACAACAGCAAUCGGAUUCAACAACUGCAAUCCGAGAAGAGCAAGAAUGAGAAAACUACGUCAGAGGAGACGCGUAAUGUGGAAAAGGAGGCGGAUUGCGAGGAGAAGCCCGAGCUGCCCGAGUCAGCGCUGUUCCAGCCAAUUCAAGACAAACCAAGGAAGAAGGUCGAGCCUUCCAAGGAGAUGCAGGCCGCCAUGAAGGUGCUCAACGACAGCCUCAAGAAGUCGCCCAGCAGGAAUAUCUCUCAUCAGCUGAAGAAUGCCACCAACAUCAUACAGCAGGAGUGGUUCAAGAUCUCCAGUACGUCCAACGCGAUCCCGCUGGACGUUGAGGAUUAUUUAGAUUGCUUCGAGGAGUGCUCUGGCACUCUGCUGGAAUAUAUCGUCAAUAUGACAGACACCAGUGGAAACACGGCGAUGCACUACGCGGUCUCUCACGGUAACUUCGACGUGGUGUCCAUAUUAUUGGACUCGAAGGUCUGCGACAUCAACAAGGCGAACGUGGCCGGUUACACGGCCGUGAUGUUGGCUGCGUUGGCGGAAGUCAGGAAUUCCACGCACGCCUCCGUAGCGAACAGGCUGUUUCAGCUUGCCGAUGUCAACAUCCGCGCGAAACUGCACGGACAAACGGCGCUGAUGCUAGCGGUGUCGCACGGACGCAAAGACAUGACGCAGCUGCUUCUGGAUGCCGGCGCGGCGGUUAAUAUCCAAGACGAGGACGGUAGCACCGCUUUGAUGUGCGCCGCGGAACACGGCCACGCCGACAUCGUGCGGCUGCUGCUCGCACAUCCAGACUGCGACUCGUCUAUCGUCGACGUGGACGGCAGCUCGGCCCUAAAGAUCGCUCUGGAGGCGGGCAACCGGGACAUCGGCGUGUUGCUGUACGCACACGAGCACGUGAAUCGCGGCACUAGUCCGUACUCGACCCUGAGGCGAAGCAGGAGAGGCUCCAAGCCGACGACGCCCACUGGACCGUCCCCGUCGGCUCCGGUCAGCCCGGCGCCGUCGCGGCGCAUUCACUCGUCCAACGCUCCUCUGAACACAUCGAAGUAUUCCAAAUAACUCCGCGACGCGCGUAUCCACGAGCUUUCCUUUCACGCACCGUUUCAGACCGUAACAGUUAAUAAUCGGAAGGCGGAUCCUCUUGCAUUUAUAUAUAACCUUUCCUUCGUAUGAUCUUUUUUAUAUUCUCCUAUAAAUCACGGUGGAUACAUAUACGUGUACACACGUAUUUUCAUAUCAGUCAUCAGUGAUAGACACGUACGACGAUGCGUUUUCAAGUCUUCUUGCCUAACGAUCGAUUCGUCUCGAUAGGGAUUGUACUGCUGUAUUAUUUAAGGAAGAUCGAGAACGAUGCUCAACACUGUAUAUACAUAUAUCCUGUUCGGGGUAACGUUGGAGGAAAUCUUCUAGUUUAGUUCGUAGCGGAGUCGCAUCUUUGGCAAUAACACAGCUCGUCGCGGAUUCUGAGAGAUUCUCGACUGUCGCGCGAGUCUUCUUUCUGUCCCUUGUAAAUUUUAUACGAUCCCACAUGGCAAUCUCGACUGCGUAGCGCGCACACGCUGGGAGAACGGAAUAUCUCCUCUUAGACGAAGUGUGUGAAAGUACAAAAUAUUCGCAAACGUCGUCGGCACGAUCCGCAAACUCGAUCGACUUCUGUGGUUCUUUUUUUUUCUUUCUCUCUGCUCGUUCUGCGGAUCAAACAUUCCAAUCACACGCGAAUCGAUCGACGAACCGAAUUUCCUGUGGCAGACAUUAUUUCACGCAUACACGCAUACAAUAGAGCGUGCACAGAUUAUAUGGGCCUAAUCUCGACUAAAUGAACGCUCCUUGGGAUCAAAUCGUCAAUAGUGUUAAUCGUGUAACGACGUGCGUAGAGAGACGCGAUCACGUCUUAAUAAGUAGCGACACGUAUAAUAAGCUUGGCGGCGUGCGAGAUCAACGAACGGACGGUGCUGAUCUCGCGGUGAUUUCACGACAUCAAACGUACUUAUCAUUGUUCUACGUUGAGAUAGAGAGAUGUUAGUUAAUCGAUAGUGUAUAGAUAUAGUAUUCGCGAGAGAAAGAGAGAGAAGUGCGAUUAGAGUAUGAACGCGUUGACGAAGGGCUUCACCAGAGGAAUUAUGUUUUUAAAACUUGUUGAAGGUUUUCAUAUCGAGAACUUUAUAUAUCGCGAUACUAUCGAGAUGUUAACGUACGUUUAUUUAGAGCCGAUGUUAGGAAUUGCGUCUCCUUCUCCGUUCAUGCGCGAAAGGAAAAGGAGAAGGAAACGAUUAUGCGCGCAAACACACACAUAUUGAUACGUUUUUUCUUAUAGGGUUGUGAAUAUAGAGAUAGCUGUAAUUAUAUAAAUUAUUUAAGUUCGAGAGAUCAAAGAUCUAGGUAUUAACGUUAGUUAAUGUAAGUGUUUCUCCUGUCUGUGUGAGUGAUUCUACGAACGAGAUUGUUAGCGCGAGAGACGAUUAUAUCUGUAUAUCGAACGUAGAAGGAAAACUUACGAAAUAUACACACGCACACACGUACACUGAUUGUCUCUGAGUAAGAGUCUAGAAAGUAGCGAAGUACUUCUUAUUGUUUGUGCCUUUAUAUUUAACAUAUUCCUCACUCGAUAAUAAAACGAGACAUGAUUCUAAAUAUCCUCUAUCCCCAUCUGUCUAAUAAUUCAUAUAAGAGAGAUGUUUCGUAUAAAAGAGAGUUUCAUAAAAUAAAAAAGAUAUCUAAGUUGACUGAGA